AUGGAUGAUGUUCGACGUUUAUGUCAAAGUUUACGACGUAAUGCCAAAGAAGAACGCAUCUUAUUCCAUUACAAUGGACAUGGCGUCCCAAGACCUACUGAAAAUGGUGAAAUAUGGGUUUUCAAUAAAAAUUUCACUCAGUACAUUCCGCUUUCGAUUUUUGACCUGCAAUCGUGGAUGGGUCAUCCGGCCGUAUAUGUUUGGGAUUGCCACUGUGCCGGUCUAGCUGUAAAGUCUUUCUUCCGCUUUGCUGAGGAUCACGAAAAAGAAUGGGUUAAACAACUUGAUGAACAUAUGGAGACGCGACCACCACCAUUACCUAUCAUUCAAGCUGAAAUGAGUCUUGAGGAAAAGGCAUCUGCUUUUGGGUUUCGGAAGAAGCCAAACUUUAAAGAAUGUAUUCACAUAGCUGCGUGCGGGGAUCACGAAUUACUUCCAAUGGAUUCAAGACUUCCAGCUGACCUUUUCACGUCUUGUAUUUUAACUCCAAUCCAAACUUCAGUGUUGUGGUAUAUCUUAAAAAAUCACUUAGAGGAUCGAUUCCCGGUAACAAUAGUUGAUAAAAUCCCUGGUCAGCUAAGUGAUCGUCGAACCAUGCUUGGAGAGUUGAACUGGAUAUUCACAGCUAUCACCGAUACGAUUGCGUGGAGUUCGCUUCCAAAAGAAUUAUUUCAGAAACUAUUUCGUUUGGAUUUGCUAGUCGCAUCAGUAUUUCGAAGUUUUGUAUUGGCUAACCGAGUAAUGCGCGAAAAUCAGUGUCAUGUUGUUUCUCGUCCUUCUUUACCAUCUGUUCACAGUCAUCCUCUUUGGAAUGCUUGGGACUAUACCAUCGACUUAUGCCUGAGCCAAAUGCAAGGAUUCACGACACCAAAGCAGAAACUUUGGUCUGUCGCAAAAGAAAUAUAUUUCUCACGUUCAUCCGUUCGUCAUGAAUUGCUUAUUGAUGUGAGUUCCCAGCUUGCACCAAUAGAUGAAACAGAUUACACACAUAAUUGGUUUUUCAUUGAACAGUUGCAAGCAUUCGAAGUUUGGCUUAAAUAUGGUGGCGAACGACGAACUCCCCCACAACAGCUUCCUGUUGUUUUACAAGUACUUCUAAGUCAGGUACAUCGAGUGAAAGCGUUGGAGCUUUUGGCCCGCUUUCUAGAUUUGGGUUCAUGGGCCGUAGGCCAUGCCCUCUCUGUCGGUGUAUUCCCAUAUGUUCUUAAGUUGCUUCAAAGUGCAACAAAAGAACUGCGACCAUGGUUAGCAUUCAUCUGGGCAAAAAUUCUUGCUGUAGAAACAAGUUGUCAGGUGGAUCUCAUUAAGGAUAAGGAGCGAGGGUACAUGUAUUUUUUGACAAUCUUGAACGAUCCUAAUACCAAUCCACGGCAAAAAAUUGUCCCAGCAUUUGUAAUGGCCGCUUUGAUCGAAAACAACUAUAGACCUGCGCAAGAACUAUUGACCGAUAAUAGAUAUGUAACACUUUGCAUCGAGCUUCUGUCAGACGCAGCUCUGCGACAAUGCCGAUUGUUGCGAUUAUGGUUACUUAUUGGUCUUGGACGACUUUGGGCUGAUUACGAUGACGCCAGGUGGCAAGCAAUUAGAUUGGCUGCUUAUGAAAGGGUUCUUGAAUUUUUGGAUGAUUCAGUCCCAGAAGUACGCGCUGCUGCAGUAUAUGCAAUUGGAUGUCUUGUAAGAAAUAAGUCAGAAAAUAUUGAACAUGCCACAAUUAUUGACCAUGAAGUUUGUGAUAAACUUUCGAUGAAGUGCACUUUUGAUGGUUCAGUACUUGUUCGUGCUGAAUUGGUUGUAGCAAUGCAGUGGUUUAUUAUUGAUUUUGAAAAUCGUUUUGCCAGUCUGUCAAUGGACCUUAAUGAAAAGAUUGAACAAAAGAAGUUCAGGGAAAGGAAACUUUCGGCAGGUGAACAGGAAAUGAAACCUUUGCGUUCAAUUCAUGAAGAAGAUGAUGCAUUUGUAUCUCGUGGUUAUGAUCGUAGUCUUCCAAGAUCUGCAUCUCGAAAGCGAGCCCAUUUUUUGGAAGCUCCAUUAAAUUCGCCUCGAAGAUCAAAUUCAAUGAGUUUUGUUUCUGGAGUGGUUACGGAUAAAGUUUACGCACAAUGGAAGUCAAUGUUUGAUACUAGUUCACUGAAUGAUUUUUCUGCUAAACUAUUGACUUCCACAAAGGAAAUGCGCAAUGAAAAUUUCAAGAAUAAAGCUAUUAAACAAAUUGAAUUAUUGGGAUCGAAAACAUUCAAUGAUCAAUCUGAACGCAUUUGGCUUUCACUUCUCAGGCUUUCUCUGGAUCCUGUAAACAAGAUCGCUGAAAUGGCACAAGUAGUUUUAAUUGGGCACGUUGACAAGUUGGCAACAACAAGACAUGAAAGAAAAAAAAAGCUGAAUUGUGCUGAACGGGCAUCGCUGAGCAAGCAAACUGAAGUAAAUUCUGCGGAAGCAGUAACAUUUACUGUUGGUUCACCAACAUUGGAUUUGGCAGCGACGCCACCCUUUUUAGAAGAUCAUGUCCGCAGGAAUUCAGAAAAUACAUUGAUUUUGGAUUCGCGACGUCAAGAACAAUUACCAGUAUUCCAUCAGUCUGCAAUCUUCACACCUAAACGAAAUAUGUAUUCACCUACAAUCAAAAGCCUGACAAAGCUAGAUGAAACUUCCUCUACAGAAAGGGAACCGGUAGUUGCUCUAGUAACAACAGAAUUUGUACCGUGGUGUACGAGGCGAUUCACUGAACCUAUUUUGGAUGUAAUACAAGGAGAAGUUGGUGAUGGUCUGACUGAUCGUUUGGCAACCCAUUCCAUGCCUAGUGAUUGGGCAUCACAUAAAGAUGAAGGUUUGCAGCAAACUUCAAAGAAGGAAAUUCGGGCACUCAAGGAAGAGAGAUUAUUUUUUGAUGGCCAUCCGUUGACUGUAAAGACAAAUGCAGUAAGCAAAUGCUUGGCUUGGAGCCAAAUAAGGCCUCACCUGUAUUCAUGUGAUGGCGAAACAGUGACCAUUUGGCGAUGCGAAUCGCAGCGGAUGUAUGAUGUUCGAAAGUUUUUCUGUCAUAACGAUAAUCCCUUCGUUAAUGACUUGGUUACUGAUUUGCAUGUAAUAAAUGAAAUGACACGAGAAUUGCUGAUGACAUGUAGUGAAGAUGGAUUGAUGAGAAUUUGGGAUCCAGGCUAUUCCAUCUAUUCUCAUGAUUUCGAAGCGGAGCAGCAGAUGAUAACAGCAGCUUAUCUCUUAAAAGAUGCGCCGAUUAGCAUUCCGAUGAUUAAACACCUCUCAUCCGUCUUUAGCUGGAAUCAAAAAUGUGGCCUUAUGGCAGUUUCCGGUAAUGUGAAGAUAUGUCGUUUAUGGGACGCGCACGCUGAAAAGACAGUGCAAGAGAUUCAAAUCGGUGCUAAGAAUUGCGCUGUCACAAAACUGAGUCUCGAUAACUCAGGGAGCAAUCUUCUUGCUGUCGGUCUAAGUGAUGGGUUAGUGAAUGUUUACGAUCCACGAUUACCUGAUAAAUCUCGACGUACGAUGUCAUUCCGAGAGCUUGAAGAACCAAUUAUUGGACUGUCACUUUUUUAUAAUUUAACCGGUGAAUUUUCUGAAGGAAAUCUAAGACUAAUCGCUGCUUCAAGAGAUGGCGAAAUACGCUUGUGGGAACCGCGGAUGUUCAAGGAACCGGUAGUGAAUUUUAAUGCCUGCAGCUUCCCGAGAAAAGACAGCUUAACAAAUAUGGAAGUUCACACCCAUAGUCAGUGUAUUGGUUGUAUGGAUGAUGCUGCUGUAAUAAAAUUAUUUGAUGUGAACGGCAGACAAUUAGGUGAAAUUCGUCAGGAUGAUUGGCUAGUCGGUGGUCGAAUUGGAACGUUGACGUCAAUGUGUUUUCAUCAACUGCUCGUAUCAUUAGCAGUAACUACUGAAAAUCAAACAAUCAGUUUCUAUCGAAUGCCAGAUUUGUCGUAA